GACACACUAGCGAACCGAUCAAAACGGCAGAUAUUCUGGCGUUCUGACUUCUGAGUUCUGGACUUACGACAAACAAGAUUUCGUACAUGUUUUAUUGGCUUUAGCAAGAAGUGCUGCGACUAUGGCCGCAGCAGAUGUGACUCCGGCAGAGGGGUCAAGCCAGGCCGCUCCGUGCGCCGUGCCUAUAAAGGUCUCUUUCGUUACAGAUUCACAGAGUAGGCGCCAACCUGAGCUUCUCCAGUUCGAAUUCUCUACCAUUUCGAAUCGAAUUCUUCGUCCAACCUCAGCUCUGCUCUCCAGCAAGCCUACAGAUUGCUAAGAGACAGAGAGAGAUGAAGAACAGAGCAACCACAGCCACUGCUUUUUUGCUUCUUCUCGUAUUCAGUCUCUGUGUCGGUUCAUUUGCUGUACCUUCUCUAACUGAUCCCAUUUAUGGGUGCAAAGGAUGGCUCGUCCAGUCAAUCCCCACAGACAUGCCUUACCUCCGUCCUGUCAAGGGCGUUCUUUCCACUGCUGAUGUUUUCCGGUGGUUAGCCGGAAACUCUACUCGGAGACUGGACAUAAUUGCACAGUAUUGGCAGCUCUUGGCUCACCCCGAUGACCCUCAAUCAGGAGAUUAUGGUUACUCUAAGUCCAGUAUGAAGCAUUUCGGAGCUGAUGAUGGUUUCACUGUUUAUAGCGCAAUCGAAAGUGCUGCUGAUCGUAGAGUGAAUAUGAGGAUUUUACAGCACUCCGGAUUUUAUCCUUAUUAUACCAAUGAAUCAUCAAACCUCGCUUCAGGGAGGCCAAAUGUGGAGGUUGUGACCUUGCAGCUUGAUCAAUGGUGGGGAUCUGGCAUUGUCCAUGCAAAAGCCUGGAUAUCAGAUCGUAAAGAUAUCUAUAUUGGUUCUGCUAACAAUGACUGGAAAUCUCUCACUCAGGUGAAAGAAGUUGGAAUUUAUAUUGCUAAUUGUCCAAAAUUAGCAAAGAAAGUGGAGUUCUAUUUUAACAACUUAUGGGCUCUAGCAUCUCUUAAUUAUUCAUUAUACACAAAAGAAAUUUGGGAUCAACUAUGGCAGAUUCAUAGAAAAGUUCCUUGCUGGUCACACUUUAUCCAAGAACCCCAACAGUGCAGGCCACCCAUAUCUCAUUAUGUGGAUAUUGAUCAUGUAGUAGGCUAUCCACCAAUAUUCGAUCCUCUAAUGUUUCAUUUGCAACUGGAGACGCCCGGAUGUACUAGUACAACAAAAGAGCUUUACUCUAGCUAUCUUUCUUUUUCUCCACCAGAGUUGUCAUUUAACAAGCACCAGACAGAUGAACAGGCGUGGGUAAAUACAAUUAAAUCAGUUGGUCCUGGGGCCACUCUUAGAAUUAGUACUAUGGACUGGCUUGGUCAGUCUCAGUACACGAAACCGACAAUCUACUGGCCAUCCCUUUCAUCUGCAAUCUCAGAGGUCAUCUUCUCCAAGCACGCAACAGUCAAGAUAUUAGUGGCCUACUGGGCGCAUUCUAUCAAAAACACAGAUGCAUAUUUGAAGUCCCUUCUCUAUUCCAACAUACUCUGUCCAUCCUCGCAAUAUAAUGAAUGUGCUGGUAAAGUUGAGAUCAAGUAUUAUAAGGUGCCAGGGUUCAACAUGACUGGGGCAUUCAGAAAAUAUGGGAGAAAAACGGGCAAUAUUUACCCUGGAUACUCCAGAGUGAACCAUGGAAAGUAUGCAGUUAGUGAUGUACGGGCACACAUUGGAACCAGUAAUCUUGUAUGGGACUACUUCUAUACAACAGCAGGCAUAAGCUUCGGGACAUACAACCCUGCCAUUGUCUCACAGCUUCAAGAUAUAUUUGAUGCAGAUUGGAAUUCACCUUAUGCCACUCCAGUUGUACCGUUACAGAUUGCUCCGGUAUAUUCAUCAAGCUAAGAAUUAGUAGAACAAAUUGCUGUAAAUGUAUUCAGUUGGGUUUGAAGCUAGAAGAUUCAAUUACAUCUAUGAGCUGAUUGCAGCUUGCAGGUGCUUAUUAGAGUUCAUUAUGUUGUUAAGUUAGAACUCAUUCUCAUGUGAAUAUCCAUCAAGGCUCUGUUUGUUUGCAGUGCAAAUCCAAAGUAGAUGCAAAAUUUACCCCUGCUUCAUAUUUACAUGUGCUUGCUUGUAACUUUGAUCUGUACCUCUAUCUGAUGUAUAAUUUGCACUUUUUGUCUCA